AUGGUUGAAGGCGUGACUGACAACAAAAGGAGCUCGUUGACUUUAGACUUUGAACGGAUAAACAACGCUACCUUGGGGUUUGAGAAGGUGUUUGUCGUCAAUCUUGCGGAGAGGACAGACAAACGUGAUGGCCUGUCGCUGACGGCAGCAUUGACGGAUAUCAAGCUUGAUUGGACAAGAGCCAUGCGCGGCUCGGACGUGGGCGACAAGGCACUGCCGUUGGGGGUGGACAGGAAGGAAUGGAGGGACGGGGGGAUUGGAUCUUGGCGUAGCCAGAUGAAUGUCAUUCGAAGCAUUGUCGAGGACAGCAUAGCCAGCGCACUGAUUCUCGAAGACGAUGCGGACUGGGAUGUGCGUCUGAAGGAGCAGCUGGUGCGUUUCGCCGAGGGCUCGCGGGUGGAUUCCAUCAGACCAACGAUGCCGCACUCGCCAUAUGGAGACGGGUGGGAUAUUCUCUGGCUGGGCCAUUGUGGCGACACCUUUCCCGAGCGCAUCCCGGGCCACCACAUCAUUGACACGGACUCGGCACGGUACAAAUACUAUGCCGUACAUAAUGACGAGACCAUGCCUCCACCAGAGCACACAAUGAGCUGGAUAAGCGGCGACUUGAAACGCCACCCGGCCACACGUUGGGUGCAUUUCAGCGGUGGGCCAACUUGUAGCGCUGGAUAUGCCCUAUCCCAGGCCGGGGCCCGCAAGGUACUACUAGCCCUAAGUGUUGGCGGCACCUUGGUUGCUCAACUCGACAACGCCAUUUCCGACCUGUGUCGUCACCAUACACCCUGGGAUGCCCCUGAGGAUAUUGAGGGUCCCCCAGGUUAUCCAGGCGCCCGGAUGCGUUGUCUUAGUGUCACGCCUGCCCUUGUUUCACAGCACAAACCCCGAGGUAGGAGAGCCGCAGACUCCGAUAUUGAGCCCAUAUACAACGUUGAUGCAGUCAGAGACGUCGGCGAGUCCCCAAAUUUGGUCUGGAGUGCGAGAUUGAAUGCCCAGAACUUGAUACUGGGCUUGCCAAUGCAGCAUCAAUUUGUAGCCCACGAGGAAAAGGGGGCGAUGGACUAUAAUCUUCAUAUCCGGAAUAGCUGA